CAUACAAAGGAAAGCCAAUAAGCAAAGGGGUUUUGGACCUCUGUUUUAAAGUUAAAGAAGGCCAAGGAAAGAGUUGCAGAAACUUAUGGGGGAUCCUAAUUAUUACAGAUACUCUGCUGCUGCAGCAGAAAGAGGAAGUGUUUCAAGGCCCAGCUUUCCUGGCUACUUGACAUCUGAAGCACCCUCAUUGGCAUCUCAACAUGCUGAUAUGCGGUAUGCUUCUUCAGAUGUUCAAAAGAGGGAUAUAAGCAGAUUGCAGCCUGGGAGAUAUGGUGUGGAUGAUAUUUCAAAUUCUGGAGUUUAUUCUGAACCCAAUCCUGGUGUUCUAUCAGCCAGAGAUACUGUAAGGGAUUACCCAUCUUCUUUAGGAGAUCCAAAGUUAGCUGCCCAAAGAUGGGAUGCUCCAGAAGGUGUUUUUUCAAGUGUGGGAGUUCACCCUGAACCUAGUUUUGGUGGUGUAUCAGCUGGAUCUGCCAUUAGGGGUUACUCAUCUGCUCUAGAAGUUCCAAGUUUAGUUGGCCACAGAAAGGAUGCUCCUGGCAUUAGCCCAAGUUCUGGAGUUCAUCCUGAACCCAGACUUGGUGCUGUGUCAAUUGCAGCUACCAAUAGGAGUUAUUCAUCUGCUCUAGAGGUUCCAAAUUCAGUUGGCCCAAGAUGGGAUGCUUCUGUAGGUAUUAGUCCAAGUGCAGGACUUCAAUCCCAACCCAGCCUUGGUGCUGGAUCGGCUGGAGCUAGUGUAAAGUGUUACACAUCUGCUCUAGACAAUCAAAGACAGGAUGGUCCUGUAGGCAUUAGUUCAAGUGCUGGCAUUCAACCUGAACCUAUCCUUGGUGCUGUAUCAGCUGGAGCUAGCAUAAAGGGUUGCUCAUCUCCUCUAGAAGAUCCUAGCUUAGUUGGCCAAAGGCAGGAUGGUCCAGCAGUUAUGAGGCCUGGAAUUCCUGAUGCUGUUGAUGAAAUGCCUGCCUCCACGAGAAACGGUGAUGGUCCACAAGUUGAUGCUGGAGAAUCGAACAUUCUGUUUGUUGAUGGGCUUCCAACAGACUGUACAAGAAGAGAAGUAGGGCAUCUUUUCCGUCCAUUUCUUGGCUACAAAGAGAUAAAAGUUGUUCACAAGGAACCAAGACAUAGUGGAGAUAGAGCCAUGGUUUUGUGCUUUGUAGAGUUCCAUGACUCAAAAUUCGCAAUGGCUGCCAUGCAAGCUCUUCAAGGUUAUAAAUUUGAUGACAAAAAACCUGACUCCCCUGCCUUGAGAAUCCAGUUUGCACAUUUUCCUUUCCGAUACCGAGCUGAUCGUGAUGAUCAACGUGUUUGAGUUCUAAUAUUAAUCGAAAGGUGUAGUUGACCAACAAUCCAAUUUGCUUUUUACGGUAUUGACAAGUUGAUACCCAACUUCAAUCAUGUAAACGAUUGUUACAACUGCCUAUGCAGAACUUAAUGGAAGAGAGUACUCCAGAUGAGUUCUUGUUUUCUCAUGUGUUUGCAUGUAAAUUUCCCAUGACACUAGAUUUUCAAUGCAAGGCCAUGUAUUUGUUUAA